AUGUGCUACCUUACUAUUUGCGUGCCGACCAUUGCUACAGACAACAAGGGUCUGCCGCACACACUCGAACACCUGGUAUUAUGUGGAUCAGAAAGCUAUCCCAACCGUGGAAGCCUAGACGCAAUUGCUGGCUGUAAUUUCUCAUAUGGUACAUGUGGGUGUACCAAUGCAGACCACACAUUCUACACAGUUACAACUGCAGGCGAGGAGGCGAUCGCCAAUAUGCUACCAGUCUUCCUGGACCAUGUUCUUCAUCCUCUACUAUCCGACGACCAGUUCGUAACUGAAGUCUACCAUUUCGACGCUGAUGGCAAGGAGCGAGGCGUCGUUUUCAGCGAAGAGGUUGCUACCGAGAACAGUAGAUUCGAUUUGGUGGAAUUUGCUUUGUACAAGUUGAUGUAUUCUGAGAAAUCACCAUACUCCUACAACUUUGGCGGCCUUACCAAGGAUAUUGCGACGCUGACAAACCAGGAGAUCAUCGACUACCAUCGCAGAUUCUACGAUGCCAACAACAUCACAGUUCUGCUGGUUGGAUCUUUCAGCGACUCAUUCGAGAGCGUUCUUCAG